AGAUUUUGGUGUCGCCUUCAUCUGCUUGUGUGAGAGGGGCAGCGAGUACCCCCCUCCAAACACAGGCAAAGGUUCAUUGCUAUUGUGUCACAAGCUCGGGGUGGAGGCCCAGGGGAAAAUCUGCACUCUAAGAGAUGAGGUGGAUAUUGAAACUUGAAGCUGUCCUCUCAGGGAUGUCCAGGCCUCGGAGAUUGGCACAUCUUAAUGCUCAGUGUACUUCCCUCUGGUGACCUGGCUUCCACGCGGUGCGUCUUGGGAAUUGUAGUUUUCUGGUCUGAGGGUGAGGUCUCCUGUGCAGCUUGGAGGGUGGCGAACUCCACCCUCUCGCCAGGGGCUCCGGUCUGCUCUGUGUUCAGCCCCAGGCUUUCAGGAUUGGUGGGGGCGGGCCCAUGCACGUGGAUGCACGCGGAUUGGGCCUGUGUGUCGUGGGCGGGGUCGCGCAUGCUCAUUUGGGCGGUGGGCCUGGAGCGUAUCAAGAUGUCGACCACGACGGUUCCGGAGCUGAAGCAGAUCAGCCGGGAGGAAGCAAUGCGCUUGGGGCCCGGCUGGAGCCACUCGUGCCACGCCAUGUUGUAUGCCGCUAACCCCGGGCAGCUCUUCGGUCGUAUUCCCAUGCGAUUCUCAGUGCUGAUGCAGAUGCGCUUCGACGGGCUGCUGGGCUUCCCUGGGGGGUUUGUGGACCGGCGCUUCUGGUCGCUGGAGGAUGGCUUGAACCGGGUGCUGGGCCUGGGCCUGGGCGGCCUGCGCCUCACCGAAGCUGACUACCUGAGCUCACACCUGACUGAGGGUCCACAACGCGUGGUGGCACAUCUGUAUGCACGGCAGCUGACACUGGAGCAGCUGCAUGCUGUGGAGAUCAGCGCUGUGCACUCACGGGACCACGGUCUGGAGGUGGGACCACCGCCUGGGGCCCGCCCCCAUUCCCACUCCUGAGGUUUGGCUCUGGCACCACAGAAGGCACCGAUGGGUGCUGGGCCUGGUACGUGUCCCGCUGUACACACAGAAGGAUCGAGUAGGAGGCUUUCCUAACUUCCUGAGCAAUGCCUUCGUCAGCACUGCCAAGUACCAGCUCCUGUUUGCCCUUAAGGUACUCAACAUGAUGCCUUCGGAAAAGCUGGCUGAGGCCUUGGCCUCAGCCACAGAGAAACAGAAGAAGGCCCUAGAAAAGCUGCUCCCGGCCUCAUCCUGAGGAGGUUCCUGUGGGGGUUCUUGCCCUCCCUUGGCCAUCUCUGCCCACAGGCCCAGGAAUUCCCGAGAAGCGUGCCUUCUAGUGUGUUUGGUUUUGCUCCCCUUCUGACUGCAAGGGACAAGCCGGCAGCUGUUCAUCUUUACUGUCCCAAGCAGUCCCUGGGACCUCGCUACCCUCUCAGGUUGUUCAGUGGGGUGGCCUGGCCUGGCUUUUUAAGCUGAGGAUGUUCUCAACCAUCCUAAGGCUCAGACUGUCCUGUGUGAGUCUGUUCAUGAUGGGUGAAGGCCCAGCUAGAGCCCACUUUUCCAAGGUAACAACCACUUGGUUGGUACAUGGCUCCUGGACUGGUCAGAGGUUUCAUUCAAUGGAGGUGACCCUUGGUAGAUCAUUCUCCCUUAGCCCAGAACCUGAUCCAGCUUGCCAUAGGCUGUUGUUCAUUUGGGUUGUUGGAUUUCUGUUAAGAGUUUUCUUUCUUGGUGUGUGAACUGUGGGUUGGUUGCAGAGUGGCUGUGCCCCACAUGGCUUGGUUCCCCAGGAGGGCUUUGGCUCAACUCUGGAAUUGAGGAAGCAGGAAGACAAUAAAGCCAUUCCUCUGAUA